UCACCGUCUCGUGUAGCCAUUUCUGUCCAGCAGCACUACAAUCAUUGUUCACGCCUGCUCGCACCAUGGCACAAGCAGCACAGGCGAACGUGUUUGACGCGAGCAGCUCCCAGAUCCAGGUGGAGCACGAUAAGAGGCGGCGGCAGUUUGUAAUCAGGCUGAAUGGAUCUCACGAUCGCGCAGUUCUACUGUAUGAAUAUGUUGGAAAGAGGACGGUGGACUUACAACACACAGAAGUUCCAGAUGCCUAUAGAGGGAGAGGAAUUGCCAAACACUUGGCCAAGGCGGCCAUGGACUUUGUGGUGGAAGAGGACCUGAAAGCUCACUUGACCUGCUGGUACAUUCAAAAAUAUGUCAAAGAGAAUCCUCAGCCUCAGUACUUUGAACAUAUCUAUCAAUGACCCUGCAUGACACCAGAAGGAGACAAAGAAAAGGACUCUCAGGAGAGAAAUGCUCUGUGACAGAAUGCUUUGGAGCCACAUGAUGAAAUUCAUCAAAGGACCUUCCAAGCAUCGUUAAAUGUGACACUGAGUGAAUCCAGAGACACGUGACCUCACAGCAGGGUGUGAGAUCAUGAAUAUCGGAUCGAUGGUUCAUUUAUGUCCACAGCGGUAACAUGGUCCCGACUCAGUAAGGUGAAGCAACUGAAAGGUGAAGCGAUGGUUAGACGUGUAAUGAGGACACAUGCAAGUGAAAUCCCACAGUUUAUUUCAGCUGAUUGUGAGCUACAAGGUAGCCAAUCGCGUCCUCCUUUCCACGUGGUGGUUUGGAUGAAAAGCAAUGCUCCAGGGCUCUAAAUAAACUCAGAUUAUAUUUACUUUUAUAUUGCAAUCCCUUUUGAUAUUUGUCUUUUUUUCUGUGUCCCCCCUCAAAUGUUGGCCAUUAUCUUGCUUCCACAUGUGGUGACUGUUCGCUAGUGCUGAAAUGCUAGCGUAGAAGGUAGUGUAUUACAAAUGCAUCUUAAAAACUCAGCGUUCAAUAUACAUUAUUGCCAAGAUACAAAAGUGUGAUUUUAUUUUUUUUUCUAUCGGUAAUAAUAGUUAAAUAAAUUAACAUUUUGAAAAUGAUUAUCCUCCCAAAGAGUGAUGUGUCUCAAAGUGUACUCCAUUUUUCCCUGUAACAAAAUCCUGUGGUCUAUUAUUGGAGUCCUCGAUUGAUUCAUUGAUGGAUCAAAGGUGCAGAGAUCUGUAAUUGACACAACACAAACCGGUAUGUCCAAACUGAGAAGAUAAACUCUGGUUCUCCUUAGUUCAUCUUAAAUGCUGCUGACUCUUAUCACAAAUCAGAUUUUAUGUCUUUCAAUGUGCGGUCUAACACUUCUUUAUCAAUAAAUAGCUUGGCUUAAACCAGCAACAAAAACCAAACUAUUAUACUAAGGGCAUUAGUGUUCUUUGAUGUGGUGAUUUUUAUUAUCUUAUUUAGGAAAGUUAUAUUAAGUUGUUGAUUCUGGGCUUUCCUUUUUUGUAAAUUGAUUUUUUUAAAGUACUAUAACUACAAGGCUUUUUUGCCUAGCUGAUAAAAAAUGACAUGAGAAAAAUUUCACUCUUAUUGGAAAAAAUAAAAAGCUUUGGAAAUUCUGCUGUUGACAAUCUUCAGUGUUUAAGAGAACAUUUGCUCAGGCUACACAACAGACCCUGGUGCAAACUAUCUGCUCUGGUGACUUUCUGAUUAUUGCAAUAAUUAUUAUAAGGAAAAAACUUUUCUUCAGAUGGCACGCAGCUAAAGAUGGACAAAGUCAUUUUGUCUUUUCUGUCUUUUUUGGGUGUUUUAAUAUGCUUGUCUUUUGUUAAAAGGAAACAAUGCCUGAUGUAAGUUUUAAGCAUACAACUAUAAAAAAGGCAUUCAAAUGUUGAAAUUCUUAUUACACUGUUUUAUACAUGAUAUUUUUUCUCUGUAUUUCUUCUAA